AUGUCCAUCACAGACUCGAUUUUCCACUAUGUGUACGGCCUUCCACCACCAACUACCUUGAAAAGAAAAGAACCGAUGCAAAUUCUGGCUGUUGGAAUAUCCAGAUCGGCCACCGAGUCUCUUCGCGAGGCGCUCCAUAUACUUGGCUUCAAUCAUACAUUCCAUGGAUUCGACACAAUUCUCCCGCCUUCAUCCCUACAGGCCAUCUAUAAACUUUUGCAGAAAAAGUACAAUACAGCACCGAAGCCCGGCGAAACGAACAAAUUGACAGCCGAAGAUUUUGACACUGUCCUAAGCAACUGCGUUGGCGUCAGCGACCUCCUCGCUGCAGAAUUCUCCCCCGAACUUAUCGCCGCGUAUCCCAACGCAAAAGUCAUUCUCAACACCCGCCAAGACCUCGACAGCUGGUACGAAAGUAUGGAACAAACAAUGGGCUAUUUCGACCAAAACCCAACAGACUGGGACUGGCUCAAGAGCUGGUUCAAUGCGGACUUGUUCUGGAUUCGCCAAACAAUGUGUCGCACCAUGAUGCCACGUUUCUUCCGAGGCAGUUUCGCAUCGAAUGGGAAAUGGGUCUAUGAGCAGCACGUGGCUAUUAUACGGGGAAUGGGUCUGCACCCGGAAAGACUCUUGGAAUGGUCUGUUGAGGAUGGUUGGGAACCGCUUUGCAAGUUUCUCGACAAAGAUGUCCCACAGGAAGCAUUUCCAAUGGGGAAUCCGCCGAAAGCGUGGGCUGAGCGUAUUGCUGUUACUAUGCAGGGUCACCAUGAGCGGGCUUUGAGGAACAUGGGUAUUUUCGGGGCAGUCAUGGUUGCUGUGACGUUGGUUUUGGGGAUGUAUGUACUUCAAUGA